AGCCUUAACACCUUCUGGUUAAUGGUGGCCCAAAACACUUUAUCAACAUCUUUGCUAUUGAGCAAAUUGAUGGUGGCGAGCUUCAGGCCUUGGGCGACAAGCGAGGAGAAAAGGAAGAAGCUGAAAGGGACAACUUCAAAGACCAGAAGCUUCUUCACCACGUAUACCGGCGUCGCAGGCGAAGGGGUUCCUGAGGCUGUGUUGCCUAGGUGCAGUCAAGGACAAACCCACGAGACAUGGACACUGGUGGUGGAGGAAUCAGAAGAUGGCGACGAACCUCUGGGGGUUGUUGGCGAAAUAGGUGAGGGUUUGUUUCAGCUUUAAGCUUAAAAUCAAAAUGAAAUUCUUUGUGAAAGAUGAAUGUCUUAAAUGUAACCAAAAUGGGGACAAGACAAUAUAUGUAAUAAACUAACAAUAACCCA